AUGGACGAUUUGACAAAUAGGCCGCACAAUUUGAAGCACGAAGACGACGACGACGUGCAGAUUAGAUCAGAUAUAAAUCUCAAGAGGAAAGAGAGAGAGAAUGACGACGACGAAGUACAAGUCGUUAGUGAGCCAGAUCCAAUGAUGGAAUCACUCAAAAAGCUGCUAUCUAAAUCAACCCUGUAUUCCAAAAUUCUCCAGAAAAAGAUGUCUGAUCCCUCUCAGCCGCCACCACCCAAAGAGAAAGAAGAAGUCAACGAGUCGGAUACAAAGCCAGAUCCGAAGCCACAGUCGAGGGCUGUUAGAGUCGACGAUAAAUCCAUCGCUCCCCCAGCUGCUCCCUCAGUUCCCUCCCCCGAAAAGAGGAAGUCAUCGCGCCCUAAUGCCGGUAUCAAUGCUCAAAUGGAGAAGAACAAAAGAGAGGCUGAAAUGCGUAGAGAAGCUAUCGAGGCACGCAAUAAAAGGAGUCUUCGUUCACAGAGAAAGAAAGAUGAGUUGGACAAAAAAACUCGUGGCACAGCACGCAAAGCUAAAGACAAACCGAGAAUUGAGUUCUCAGACUCUGAGGAGGAGCAGAGCAAAGAUAAAAACAAUAAGAAGGAAGAAAUUCUUUAUAGAGACGACCUCGAGUCUGAUAACGCACAAUCUGAUUAUGAUCAACAAGAAAGGGAAGACAGUGAAGACGACGAGUAUGACGAUAAGCCGAAGCACUCCAAGGUUGUCGUCAGUUCAUCAGAGGAAGAGGAAGAUGAAGAAGAUAACGACCAAGAUCUUCCCCAUUAUCCCGGUCAACCUGCUCUAGUAUCUGGCACAGAGCUACGUGACUUCCAGAAAAACGGUGUCGAGUGGCUUUCUACCCUUGACUCUAACGGCUUCUCUGGUAUUUUGGCCGAUGAGAUGGGUCUCGGUAAAACACUCCAGACUAUCACUUUCUUAGCUAAACUCAUGGAAGAUGGCAGCAAAGGUCCCUUCCUUAUCAUCUGUCCUCUUAGUGUUGUCAAGAACUGGAUAAACGAGUUCGCCAAGUUCACUCCAAAGUUACAACCGGUUAUGUAUCACGGUGACGCCAAGAAGCGCGCCGCAAUCCGUCAAGAAAUGAAAACGCGUGGAUUCUUUAACCCUAAACUGAAGAAUAAGUGGGCAUUACAGCCUAGGAUUAUAUGUACGACUUACGAGAUGGCUAUUCGCGAUGCACGUACAUUCAGGAGAAUUGAAUGGCGGUAUAUUGUCGUAGAUGAGGGACACAGGCUGCGCAAUAUCGAGACGAAGCUUCUCAAAGAGCUAAAGACUUUUGUCAGUGCAAACAGACUGAUAAUCACUGGUACACCGCUUCAAAACAACCUCAAGGAACUAUGGAGUCUACUCAACUUCUGCUUGCCUCAGUUGUUCGAUGACUUGGAAUCAUUCAAUACCCUCUUUGACUUCAAUAGAGUGAACAGUGACGAGAAUGGCAAUUCCGAAGAAAGGCAAAAUGAGACUGUACAGUUGAUGUCUACGCUGCAUGAAAUCCUACAGCCAUUUCUCCUGCGUCGUCUCAAGUCAGAUGUAGCUAAAGGCCUUCCGCCCAAGAAGGAAUAUGUGCUUUAUGCACCACUCACCCAGAAACAAAAGUCCGUAUACGACGCCAUUCUUAAUCGUCAAAUUAGAUCAGCUAUUUCUGAUCUCAAGACUCACGGUGAUAUUGAUGGCGAAGGAAUGAGAAAAGAAGAAAAGGGCGACGAAGUUCUUGCCCCACGUGCAUCCAAAUACCGCAAGAAGCAUGCGAACAAUGAUGACAUGAAAAUUGAUGACUCGAAAUCAGAUUCAGAAAACCUAAGUCCCACUAACAACGCGAGUGACGGAAACAACAAGUCAAUCUCAGCGUAUUUCACUAAACCUAAAUCCCAAGCUAAGACCAAUGACGAUGACAAAAGCAAGAUUAUAGUUAUAGAAGACAGUGAUGAUGACGACAUAAAAUCCCAGUCAGCUAAAAAAAAGGAAAAAAACGCAGAUGAUACGAUUAAGACUGUCGAAAAUGGCAAGGAUGAUAAAAUGGAGGAUGAUGAUUUCGAAGCAAUGUUGAUAAAAGAAGCUGAAGAUCAUCGCCUUCGUGAGGAAGUUGCUAAUGGCAAACGCAAAUCUUUACAAGCAGCUCGCGACGCUGCGAAGAAGGAGAUGGGUAAUAUGAAAUUCGAGAAUCUUGUCAUGCAGGCGCGCAAGAUAUGCGCACAUCCCUAUAUUUUCCAUUGGGAUGUCAAUGAGGAGAAUGAGAAGACUGUGGGGAGAGAUCUAGUCAAUGCGUCUGGUAAAAUGAUGCUUUGUAUGCGUUUAUUGGAGGAGUUGAAGUCUAGAGGACACAAGACACUUAUAUUCUCUCAAUUUGUCACUUUGCUAGAUAUUCUUGAAGACUACCUCGUCGAUGGACUCGGCUGGAACAUUUGUAGAUUAGACGGUAGCACAUCACAAGAGGAGCGCGAGUUGCAAAUUGAUCUCUUUAACAAUCAAAGUGACUAUGAUCCAGACGCACCAAAGGUCUUUUUACUGUCAACAAGAGCUGGUGGGCUAGGUAUUAACCUUGUCGGUGCGGACUCGAUCAUUUUCUACGACAGCGACUGGAAUCCUCAAGUAGACAUCCAGGCUAUGGACAGAGUACACAGGAUAGGGCAAACAAAACCAGUUCUGAUUUUCAGAUUAGUGACUAAGAAUUCUGUCGAACAGAAGAUGAUGACGACUGCCAAAGGGAAACGCAAACUUGAGUCGAUGGUCAUCUCACAAGGUCAUUAUAAGCAAGACAAUAGUGGAAAGAAGGUCAAUACAACGCACGAACGCUUAACUAAAGCCUUGGACGAGCUUGAUAUUACUAAUGUUAGGACAGCUACUGAUGACGAGAAGCUUAUCAGUGAUGAAGAGAUGAAUCAGCUACUGGAUAGGUCUGAUGAAGCUAUGAAGAGAGAACAGGGAUGGACGCACGGUAAAGGUGCCAGUGAUAUUGCUCAAGUUAUGGGCUUAGCGAAUGAAUCAAAUGGCGAUGACAACAUUAAGAUGAAUGACUUGGAUGAUCAGUCAGCGCAAGAAAGCUCAAACUUACCAUCCAAUGUGGCUUCAGCUGAGCCAUCGAGAGCUGUCUCAGAAAACACAGAAUCCCAUAAAUAA